UGUCUGGGGCCCUAGUAGGAAGCGGGCGUGUUCUGAAGAGGGUUCCCUUGGUUGGGAGCUGAUUUCCUGCCUUCAUUCUGGAUGCGCAUCCCGCUGUAACUCCUGCAGCCUUCUGUCCGGUAUCCUGGAGAUUCCCAGAUCGGCGAGGACACUGGACGCGAGCCCUUGACCGUGCACUCUGAGCAGGGCAGCAGACGUUGACCUGCUGAGUGCAUAAGCUACACACGCGCGCACACGUACACACACGCACACGCGGACGGAGAGGAAACUCGCCGGCCCGGCGGCUCCGCCGGCCCCGCCUGCGCUCGGCGCCCGCGCGCGGCCCGCCAUGGAAGUGCUGGAGAGCGGGGAGCAGAGCGCGCUGCGGUGGGACCGCAAGCUGAGUGAGCUGUCGGAGCCCGGGGAGAGCGAGGCCUUCCUGUGUCCCACGCACUUCUCAGAACUUCUGGAUGAGUUUUCCCAGAAUGUCUUGGGUCAGCUCCUGAAUGACCCUUUCCUCUCAGAGAAGAGCGUGUCGAUGGAGGUGGAGCCUUCUCCCACGUCACCAGCACCUCUCAUCCAGGCUGAGCAUAGCUACUCCCUGUGUGAGGAGCCUCGGGCCCAGUCACCAUUCACCCACGUCACCACCAAUGACAGCUUCAAUGACGAUGAAGUGGAAGGUGAGAAAUGGUACCUGUCCACAGAUUUUCCUUCAACAACCAUCAAGACCGAGCCAAUUACGGAUGACCCACCCCCAGGACUUGUGCCUUCUGUCACUCUGACCAUCACAGCCAUCUCCACACCUUUUGAAAAGGAGGAACCCCCUCUGCAGAUGAAUGCUGGGGUGGAUUCCUCGUGCCAGACCAUCAUCCCCAAAAUCAAGCUGGAGCCUCAUGAAGUGGACCGGUUUUUGAACUUCUCUCCUAAAGAAGCCCCGGUGGACCACCUACAUCUGCCGCCCACGCCCCCCAGCAGUCAUGGCAGCGACUCAGAGGGCAGCCUGAGCCCCGACCCACGCCUGCACCCCUUCGGCCUGCCUCAGACCCACAGUCCUGCUAGGGCUGCCCCCCGGGCGCCCUCUGCCCUCUCCAGCUCUCCACUCCUCACAGCUCCCCAUAAACUGCAAGGAUCAGGCCCCCUGGUCCUGACAGAGGAAGAGAAGAGGACUCUGAUCGCCGAGGGCUAUCCAAUCCCCACCAAACUGCCCCUGACAAAAUCAGAGGAGAAGGCCCUAAAGAAGAUCCGGAGGAAGAUCAAGAAUAAGAUUUCUGCCCAGGAAAGCAGGAGGAAGAAGAAAGAAUACAUGGACAGCCUGGAGAAAAAAGUGGAGUCUUGUUCAACUGAGAACUUGGAGCUUCGGAAGAAGGUAGAGGUUCUGGAGAACACCAAUCGGACCCUUCUUCAGCAACUCCAGAAACUUCAGACGUUGGUGAUGGGCAAGGUUUCUCGUACCUGCAAGUUAGCCGGCACACAGACGGGCACUUGUCUCAUGGUCGUCGUGCUGUGCUUUGCUGUGGCAUUUGGCAGCUUCUUUCAGGGCUAUGGGCCCUACCCUUCUGCUACCAAGAUGGCUUUGCCCAGCCAGCAUUCCCUGCAGGAGCCGUACACAGCCUCCAUUGUGAGAUCCAGGAACCUGCUGAUCUAUGAGGAACAUUCUCCCCCAGAGGAGCCAUCCAACCCAGCCUCUGCCGGGGAGGUUGGGGGCUGGGAUAGAGGUUCCUCUCUGCUAAGGGUGUCAGGGCUGGAGUCCAGUCCGGAUGUGGAUCUUCCCCAUUUCAUCAUCUCAAAUGAAACCAGCCUGGAGAAGUCAGUGCUCUUGGAGCUACAAAAGCACCUGGUCAGCACCAAACUGGAGGGGAACGAAACACUAAAAGUUGUAGAACUUGACCGAAGAGUGAACACCACCUUCUAAAGAGGCUGUCUGUAACCCUCCCUUCCAUUAACUCUACUUUCAUGCCCCAAACCACCUUUGCCAUAAGCGUUUCCUCUUUGCCACCAGAUCUGACAAAGACAUGGACAAGCAAUUGUAGCUUCGGAGGGGAGGCCAGCCUGGGACUAUGCCCCAGUGAGUGCUUCUCCCUUGUCCAUGCCCCUCCUGUGCAGAAAGGAGCCCUCAUCCCACCCUCCCUUUCUCAUACUGCCAUAGGAGAUGAUUUUAGGGGAAGGGGUAGCAGGAGCCAGUUAGUUUCCAUCAAUAGUGCCAAAAAAGAUACUGCCUGAUUUAUGCCUGUGAGGUGUGAC